CCCACUAGGGUGUUCGCGCUUUGGAGGAUGACCGGCAACUACUAUCCGGGCGUCGUCGAGGCUUUUGACAUCAAUUCUUCGAUGUAUGACAUCCACUUCGACGAUAACUGCAGGGGCUUGGUGGCUCUGAGACACAUGCGAGCUUACGAGCUUAGAAGCGGAGACAAAGUCUUGAUCCAGGAAGCCUCCCCAGCUGAGGUUGUCAGGCCUCCGACUCGUGAUUCCAACGGUAAUCAGCCUGAAGCUAUGGCCACAAUCAGGUUCGCACACUCCGAAAAUGAGCAAGAGAUAACUGUCGCCGCCCUCAGCAUCACCGCGAAAGACGUCGAAUUCGAAUGGCAGGAUCGCACAUUGCUGGAAGCUACCAUCGUCCCCAGAGUCCGACCCAAGGCAACCAGCACACCCGGCCGCGGCAGGUCUUCCGUGAUCCGCGAUGGAUCAGUGCCCCAAGUGCGGGCCAACGUGCUUUCGAGGACAGGACUUAUCGUCACGCUUUCGCCGAAGACGUCGCUGCGCAACUGGGAAGCGGAGAAAGAUAAGCUCAUGCACGAGCUUCGCGCCGAGGGGGGGAUCGUUCUGGACGAUUGGGGGAGCAUAUUCGCGAUGGAAGGAGUGAUGGAAAACAAGGGGCGUCGAUGGGUUCUCAAAGACGAGGACAUCCGUUGGACGAACCGCGCGGACAUCGAUCGCGUUCUCCUGCUAUCGGACGACUGUCACCAGAAACCGCGUUUCUUGAUUGCGCUGGCGCUCGGUGUUCCAUGCGUGUCGGUCGACUGGGCAAGAGACAUGAUGAGAGAGGUACACCCCAGCUUACCUGACCGAGAUCGAGGCUUACACGAACGACAGGGGCAUGACAAGGAUUGGCAGCCAUACUUGUUACCAGCCGGUUUUUCUGACCGGCUCGAGGCACGGGUGUCCCAAAUGGUCGACCUACAGUGGGGGAACAGCGUCCAUUAUAUGUCGGAUAUCACCAAGAACCGCGUCCCCCACAAGGUGUUCAAUGGCAUGGCGAUCCUGUGCAUCUCACCCGAGUUCGUACGAUCAAAGGGCAAGAAGCAGAAUGCGAACGACAUCAAACGGAAAGAAGCACAAGAGAUGGUGCCCCGUAUCAUCUUGUGUAUGGGUGCUGCUUCCGUCGAGUCCGUGGGCGAUCCCAAGCUCGCUUCUCGGAAACUGGCUGAGUACGACUAUGUCGUCGCUCGAGACGAGCCCGACAGGAAGAAGUUCUCGCGCUCAUGCAGCAAUUGUGUCGGCCUUGCCUGGGUCAAGGACUGCCUUAUAUCCGGUCGCCUCCACUCCGUCGAGGAGGCUUCAAUCUAG